UACGAACGAGUAAGCCCACAGUCACAAUAACCCCUCCAUCGUGGUUGUUGACAUCGAAAGGCGGUCUUUUCCCUCAGUGCCGCGUCGGUCCCUUGAAUUCGCUUCUACUUGAAUCUUUUCUUCGCUGUGAAUCAGGGGAAGAGAGAGAGAGUUCGAUCAACCGAAAUGGGUAACGCCUGGUGUUUAUUAUGUGGAUGCGUGGACCAGGCCAGCAUAGGCAUCGUCGAGAGGUGGGGUCGCUUCGAGAAAUUGGCUGAGCCUGGGCUCCAUUUCUUUAAUCCGUUGGCUGGUCAGUGUCUCGCCGGUAUCCUCUCCACUAGAAUUAGCUCCCUCGAUGUCCGUAUCGAAACCAAGACCAAGGACAAUGUCUUUGUGCAAUUGUUGUGCUCAAUUCAGUAUCGAGUAGUAAGGGAAAAUGCUGAUGAUGCAUUUUACGAGUUGGCAAACCCCAAAGAGCAGAUUCAGGCUUAUGUGUUUGAUGUGGUUCGAGCUCUUGUUCCAAGAAUGACUUUGGAUGAACUCUUUGAGCAGAAAGGUGAAGUUGCUAAAGCUGUCUUGGAGGAACUUGAGAAGGUGAUGGGAGCUUAUGGAUAUAGCAUAGAGCACAUUCUGAUGGUUGACAUUGUACCUGAUGCCUCUGUGCGGAAGGCAAUGAAUGAGAUUAAUGCAGCCCAGAGGCUUCAGCUUGCUAGUGUAUACAAAGGGGAAGCAGAAAAGGUGCUCCAAGUAAAAAAGGCAGAAGCAGAUGCCGAAGCCAAGUACCUGGGUGGGGUUGGUGUGGCGAAGCAGAGGCAGGCAAUCACAGAUGGCUUGAGAGAAAACAUAUUGAAUUUUUCUCACAAGGUGGAGGGAACCACUGCCAAGGAGGUGAUGGAUCUCAUCAUGAUCACCCAAUACUUUGACACAAUCAAAGACCUCGGAUCCUCAUCUAAGAACACUACUGUCUUUAUUCCUCACGGUCCUGGUCAUAUUAGAGAUGUUGGUGAGCAAAUACGCAAUGGGUUGAUGGAGGCAGCCAGUGCUCAAGUGAAUGUGGAAUAGCUUUGCCAUUUAGUAUAUAGAGAAUUUAAUACAUUUUUGUGGAACUUGUUUACACAUGGCUUGAAUAGGAAUAUAUUAAAUGGUAAAUGGUUAUGCAUCGCCAGCGCACAUAACAAUCAGGCUCACAAGAAUUACCAGCUGUGUAAAUAAAUCCUUUUUUUUUUUUCUUCACUGUGUUGAGAAUACCAUUAUGUGGGUUAUAUGCUUUCUCCAGGACAAUUUUUUAUCGCGUUAAUCUCUGUAUCAAUCUCAAUCAUGUAAUCAAUUGGAGUUAUUCAAUUAAUCAGGUUAGUCGUGUGCUUCACAUUUAAA